AUGGGGAAAACACCGUCGAAAGGGUUUCCGAAAAGCCCAUACAGGGGUGUUCUCAAACUGAAAUUAUCUGGCAGCGACAAUCAGUACCUGGACUACGCCCAGCAUUCAUUCGGAACUGUUCAGGAUGGAUGGUUCAGACUCGGUGGAGAUUUUAUCACACCUACAAAAUCCUGGACAAAAAUGCGGUUGUACAUCCAAGGACCAGAUCCUCACAUUGACUUUCUGGUCGAUGAUGUGUCCUUGCAGGAAAUACCGGACGACCCAAAUUGGAAUACCACUGCAUAUCAGCGGAUCGAACAGAUCAGGAAAACAAACUUCUUUAUUGACAUAACAACAGAUGAUAAUCUCGAUCCAAAUCACGUGCAGGUCGAGAUUUCACUCAAAAAUCACGAGUUUGGGUUCGGAUCUGUUGUAGCAGACGACUAUCUCCUGAAUCCAGAAUACCCGAUCUACCGAAAUAUUUUCUACGAGUUUUUUAACUGGGCUACAGUAGGCAGUUACAAGUGGAAAUAUAACCAAGGAACUCGGACACACCCAAAUUACGACAGAUCUGUAAACAUCACCAACGAGUUACUUAAACAAGGAUUACAUGUUCGUGGUCACAAUAUGUUCUGGGGUAUCAAAGGUAACACACCAACCUGGGUACAAUCCCUGACAGGAGAUCAACUUAAAGCAACAAUACAAGAAAGGGUCAGAUUCAUGACUAACAUUACAAUGGGCAAACUUGAACAUUGGGAUGUAAACAAUGAGUUAUUACAUGGACAGCUGUACGAGGAGAUGACACGUGAUCCGACAUAUACUCAAGAAAUCUUCCGUGCCGUACAUGCACGUGAUCCGAAACCAAAACUCUUCCUUAAUGACUAUAAUGUCGUAGCGGGAGGGGCAGUCACUGACGAUUAUGUAAAUCAAGGCAAUGCAUUUAAGUCAGCAAACUGUAGUCUGUAUGGUCUGGGAGUACAAGGACAUUUCGCUUCAUAUGUAGAACCAAACCCUGCCAUAAUAAAGUACCGUUUAGAUAAACUAGCCACUACUGGAUUACCGAUGUGGGUUACAGAACUAACAUUGGCAAACGGGGACGAGAAUAUUCGAGCAGACUGGUUUGAGACAGCACUAACUAUGUUCUUCAGCUACCCGUCUAUAGAAGGAAUUAUUCUAUGGGGAUUCUGGGAUCACAGUAUGGGUUCUCUAGAUGGGGCUCUCGUUAACGGAAACUAUUUCCAUAUAAAUUCAGCAGGAAGACGUUACCUUGAUCUGGUAAAGAACAGAUGGAGUACAAACAUAAAGACAACACUAACCUCAAAAUCUUCAAAUUUUAAUUUCCGUGGUUACUAUGGGGAUUAUGACGUCAUUAUCCGUUACCGUGGCAAAGCAAUACAAAGAGACCAUUUUACGCUGUACAAGGGUGAACAAAACAAAAUAAUCACAUUACACGUGGACGGCACUACUGAUGAAAUUACUUUACCUACACAUCGACCGACUUACGCCCCUAUCAGCCAUGUGCAUCACGUGACUCACGACCAUACACAAACGUUAGGCCAUGCAUCAGUGAAAUCCGGAACAAGUCACAUGACCUGCACGACAAGAUACUCGGGUCUUUCCGCCGUUGGUGAUGACAAGAGUACUGAUGUCAUGUGCAGUUCUGGUGAAGUUAUGACAGGCUGUUCAAGUAUUACUAAAGACGGUCAAAGUUUUAGGGAUGGCGAAUAUUUUUGGCUGAAGAGUGGAAGUCCAGUUUGUCGUGCAGUAAAUGGAUAUCGUUCUGCUGCACGUGAGUAUUGGCGCGAAUUACUGGGAUACCUAAAUUUUGCUACUGUUUUAUAUUUAGCAUGUCCGUCUGACGGGAAAGCUCGUUUCUGUGUAAAACAGGGUUUCAGUAAUGAUAUGGCGUGUUUGGCAUCUGUUGCAGGUUGUACAUCAUACACAUAUUAUGCCAGUAUGGACGGUGCUUACCCAACACCAUCAUCAUGUGUCGCUCAAAACGAUGGCAUCUCCGAUGUCUUUACAUAUGGUGCAUGCUGUUCAGCACCGUCUUUAUCAUGUCACGUGAGGAAGUCGAGCAAUGGUGGUGUUCACCAGGGUGAUACAGCCAGUGUUAGUUGUCAAAGUGGAGAGACGCUGGUUGGCUGUUCUGUUUACUCCGAGGACGGCAAUACAGCUGGGGCUUAUCCAUCAGGUAAUAACACGUGUGUUGCUGUAAAUGGCAGGGAAAGAUUUCCAGGCGAACAAUCUGCUACUGCCGUUGCCGUCUGCUGUUCAUGAUGUAUUUUCUUCAUUGUUAAGCAAUUUAUUUUUGAAUAAAUAACUCAAAAGAGCAAUAAA